UCAAUUGACUGCGUUCGAAUUGCCGGCGAUCUCGAUAUAUUCCAGGGUAAACGGAUACUCCAAUUAAAAUCAACUUGGCGCGUAGUUAUGUCGAAGAUAACAGGUUACGACACGCACGAUGACGGUCCAGGAUUCGUGGGCAUCAGAUUUUGCCAGGAAUGUAAUAACAUGUUGUAUCCGAAAGAGGAUAAAGAGAACAAAGUACUCAUGUACGCGUGCAGAAAUUGCGAUUUUAAGCAACUGGCGGACAGCAAUUGCAUCUACGUGAACAAGAUCAUGCACGAGAUAGAUGAAUUAACUCACAUCGUCGCCGAUGUGAUAUCGGAUCCUACAUUGCCGAGAACAGAGGAACAUCCAUGCCCAAAGUGCAAUCACAGAGAAGCCGUAUUUUUCCAGGCGCAAACUAGACGGGCUGAAGAGGAAAUGAGAUUGUAUUAUGUAUGUACGAAUCAGCACUGCUCUCACAGAUGGACGGAGUGAAACUCAUAUGGCAUACGAACGUCCGGUGUACCUUUAUUCUUCUACUUGCUAUUUGUAACUUAUAGUUCUUGUAAUCUUGUAAAUUGUACAAAGUUGUGUAUGUGUUGUGCUCAGAGGGGAUGCAUUGUAAUGAGUAAAACAUGAAUAAAAAUUAUACAUAAUAAAAGUAAUGAAGAGAAAGAACGUUCGUGCACAAGGGGAU